AUGCAUGACACUCGUCGUCCAUCCGGUGAUGUCGCUUCCCAUCGAAAAGGUCGUUGUGGACGUAAGUUCAAACAUGAAUCGAUUGCGGAGCGGCUGCGCAACGUGCCCAAAGCGAGACGGACUGCGUUUCGGUCUAUUGCGGCGGCCUUGCACAUCUCCCGGUCGACGCUACAUGAUUACUGCAAGCGGGGUAUAUUCGUCAAGUACAAGAGCAACAUCAGGCCAGCCCUCACGGAGGCCAACAAGGCCGUACGUCUGAAGUGGUCCUUGCAGCAUGUCCAUGCAAGCAACGCGGACUUGUUCAACUUUGAGGACAUCAUGAACGUCGUUCCCGUGGACGAAAGUCAAGAACAAGUACUACCUGGAGCCGGACGAGGAGCCACCACACCGCACCUGCAAGUCGAAGCGUCUCAUUACAAAGGUGAUUUUUUUGUCGGCCGUCGCACGGCCGCGAGUGGAUGUCGCAAUCGACCAGCAGGCACUCUUGAAAGCAAGCCAGUCAGUGUCACGCGUGUAGUCGACAAGAAGAUGCUGAUCGAACAAGUGAUUACAGCUAUAAAAGCAAUGUGCCCGGGUGUUGUGACAGACCUGGUGACCAUCCAGCAGGAUGUUCCCCCAUCUGACGCUGACAUCGUGUCUGCUUGUACCAGUGGUGGUUGGAACAUCCGAGUCGUCUACCAGUCGCCCAACUCGCCUGACCUCAACGUGUUGGAUCUUGGGUUUUUCCGUGGCAUCCAGUCAAUCCAGGAGAAGAACCACUCGCGGCGUGUCGACGACAUCGUUGCUGCAACGGAGGCUGCGUGGCUCGAAGUUGACAAAGAAACGUUGAAUUUCAACCUUUGA